UUCGAGGCUUCGAAGACAAACAUGGCGGAUUAGUGUGCAAAUGUUCACCGUUGAACUUUGAAUGCCAGAAACAUGGUGAGUGGGCAGUGAUUUAGUCAAGAUGUCCUUAUAGCCCCAUAAAUAAUUACUUUUAUAGAUCUUCGAUAAAAGAAAAUGAUACCGAAAACGAAAGCUUGCCUUUAGGACCAAGACUUCUUCUAUGGGGUUAUAGGGAAAAUAUUUAUCUCUCCAUGAUUUAUAAUGCAACAGUCUCAGUUUUAAAACCUUAGUUGAAUUAGAUCAAUGAUUUGAUCAGUAACUAGGAUACUCGAAUGAAGCAAAUAAUUUCGAAGAGUUUCGAGGGAGACAUGGGAGAAAAACUGGCUUUGUCGCUAGGUGAGCCAACUCGUGCGAUUAGGAAGCUUUGAGAAUUGACCCUUUACACCCUACAUUUAUUAAUUAAUUUAAUUAAAUACAUUUAUAUAGCGCCAUCUUCCAUUAAUUGUCCAUGGCACUUUACAAUACUCCAACAACCGUAAAAAUUAAAAUCCUAAGAAUUAAAUACACUAUAACUACUAGUAAAAACUACAAAUCAAAUGCAUGCUUAAAAAGUCUUAAGAUUAGCCUUAAAAACUGCCUCUGAUGAUGAAAGCUUGAUCCGGAGUGGUAGUUUAUUCCAGAGCCUUGGUGCUGCCACGGAAAAAGCCCUUUCACCAUACAUUUUAAGAUUCACUCUAGGCUCAUCAAGCAACCUGUUGUUUGAAGAUCUUAGUGUAAGACAAGAGUCAUUAUACUUCAAUAGGUCUUUAAUGUAAUCUGGGGCCAGUCCAUUCAGAGCUCUGUAAGUCAGCAACAAUACUUUAAAAACUAUCCUAUAAUGAACUGGCAGCCAAUGUAAGCUCCUUAUAGGCAGUAUAUCACUAUAGAUAUCUCUAUAGGCUGUACAUCAGUAUAGAUAUUCUCCAUACUGUUUUCCAUAUAUUUCCUAAGGUGCUAAAAGGAGAAUUUAUUUAACAGUCAAGUGCUUGUACCAGUUAAUUUGCCAUUUUUAUUUACGUCAUCAUUGCGCUAAAUCAGGAGCUUCCUUAGUUGGUGAUCAUUUCCUUCUUUCUUGUGACCUUAAUGUGUGAUUUAGGAGAGUUAUAAGAUUCACUGGUGAUAUUUUAUGGAGAGGUUAGAUGCUAGUCUUCCUAAGAGGGUCAAAGGAUGAAGAGAUGUGACAUUUCCCAGCAUUCCUAUAGUUACUGGUAUAUUGAGCAAUAUUGCUAGCGUGUUGAUUCACCAUUUAUCAGAGCAAAGUUUGUUCACAAAGUUGUCAUCUGUGAUUGUAACUUGCAGGCUGUGACUUUGCACACUGAUGUAGGAGACUUAAAAAUUGAACUUAAUUGUGAGGACACUCCAAAAGCAUGUGAGGUAGGAGUGAGGUAGUAAUAUUCGAUGGUAUGAAGUUUUUGUUAAUCACUGAAAAGUACCAACUUUUACUCUUACAUUCACAGAAUUUUCUUGCUCUGUGUGCAAGCAGUUACUAUGAUAAUUGUGUUUUUCAUCGGUAAGUGAACCUUACAAGCAAUUUUUGUAUUCAGUCAACUUCUGUGUACUCUGUAUGUAUGAACCGUAUUCUGUUGUUCAAAAUUAUUUCAUUUGUCUUUUGGUUAUGAAGUAUACAUACUAGUGAGUAUAAUGAAAAAGAAAUUAGAAUCUUCUUCUUUUCAACAGAAACAUCAAAGGUUUUAUGGUACAAACAGGUGAUCCUACAGGUGUGUAGUUAACCCUUUACACUCUAACAUCAGUAUGCAUAUUCUCCAUACUGUUCUCUAUACAUUUCCCAAGGUGCUGAUAAGGAGAAUUUGUUUAAAUAACAGUCACAAGCUUCUUUAGUUGGUGAUCAUUUCCUUUAUUCUUGUGACCUUAAUGUUUGAUUCAGGGGGAUAUUGUAAGGACAACCUCCUACUCACUCUUAGGGGUUAAAGGUUUAAGGAGGAUAACAGAUAUUAUUCAGUUAAUAAGUAACCAAUAAGUUUCCUUAUUUAAGUGUCAUCCAAUUUUUCAUUUUAGGAACAGGAAAAGGAGGUAAAAGCAUCUGGGGAAAAAAGUUUGGUGAUGAGCUGAGUCCGUCACUGAGGGUUAGUGUCAGUGGAUAUCACAACGAACCUUAGAGGACAGAAUACUAUUUAGGAGUAAAUCUGGUACCCUAACCCUUUUACUCCCACAAGUGAUUGACAUGCAACUUCUCCCUAUAAUAUCCAUACCUUAUCCAGCAAACAGGUAAUGAGAAUACUCAAACUUAUCAGGAAGAAUUUUUAUCUUGAUAUAACACCAAAUUCUCAUAAUUAAUUUACAAGGAGGUGUGUAGCAGCAAGAGAGGAGAAUUAACAAUCAGAUCUCAGAAAUUAAAGGGUUAAAUUUUUUCUUUUUUUUUUUUGGUUUGGCAAGUCUUGUCAAAAGAUUGUUGUAGCCAAUUGAAGUAUGUCAUUCAUUAUCACAACAAAGGAUGCUGUUUACUUUUAUUGUUCACAAAUGACCCAUGCAUCUACAAAUUCUUUUUUUGUAAGAAAACUGAUGACCUUGGCCUGAUUUUGUUUCCAGUCUGUAAUAGCAAUAACUCAUGGGCAUUUCAAAUGCACUAUUGAAUAAUGCUCAUGUCUUCUGAUUAAUUAAAGAUACAAUCAUGUAUUGUAUCAAAUUUACCAUUAUUCUUUCUUAUUCUGUUUACAUACAUGAUGCUAUUGACAUUGCUAAUCCUAGCUGUAUGCAGGAUGCAUGUCAUAUCUGAACUUUGUAAUGUCCUUGGACACCAUAGUAUCUGUAGAAUUGAGGCCCACAAUUUAAAGGUCUGAGGUUUUGAUUCCUCAUGGGGACUCAGGAUUUUUUAUUUGUCCUGCGCUUGUGACAAGAGAAAAAACAUCUUUCUCUAUUUCUUCACUGAGCUCAAAAUUUAUCAUGGUUCAUAUUGUAAUUAUGUAACAUCUUUAUGUUAGCAUAAUGCAAGAGGAACAGUAUCAAUGGCAAAUAGUGGACAAGAUACAAAUGGAUCACAGUUUUUUAUCUGCUAUGGCAAACAACCUCAUCUUGACAUGAAAUACACAGUAUUUGGAAAGUAAGUAACUGUGUAUGUGGAAGAUACAGUAAGUCAUUUCUGUAAAAUAAACUUAAGGUGAUCAUUUAGGAGAAAUGUAACAACCAAAAUGAAAGCCGGGGAUCCUAUACUUAUUGUCCUUUUUCCCUAAUUUUUCCUUCCUCUGUGUUUGCAAUCAAUUACAUGUACUAUUUCUUAAUGCAGCAAACUUGAAGCAUUUGCUUGUGUUGAUGACAAUCCCCAAAUUUCUCCAGUUUUAACAAAUCCUAAUUGUUACAACUUGUUUAAAAGAAACACUGACUUUGAGAUAAUUAUCAAAUGGAAUUUAGCCCUUUAGUCCCCAACAUCAUUUUUCAUAUUAUCCACACUGUUUUAUGGACCAGGACAAUACCUCUAACAAUUUAAAUUGUAAGGAAAUGAAAAUCGCCUUAAAGGUUAAAGAGUUAAGAGUUUCAGGGACAUAAUCCUUAGAUUUUCACUAUUUUAAUUUAAAUUUAUUUGCAGAGUGAUUGAUGGGUUAGAGACCCUUGAUGAUUUAGAGAAACUCCCUGUAAAUGAGAAGACAUACCGCCCAAUCACUGAGGUGCGAAUAAAGAAUGUGACCAUCCAUGCAAACCCUAUUGCAGAUAAGAGUGGAUGAAUCAAUCCAACAGGAAAGUUACAGUGUAAGCCUGCCACUACUUACUGCUUACUGCCGAACACGGAUGAUGGUGUGUGUUAUCAGACCAGCAACACUGGAAGGAACAACUUCACAAUUAAACAACUCCAGAUGCAACAGAAAACAAUCCCAAGAGACUGAUAAAGAAAACAUUUUAUUUUGAGACAAAUUUUGUAAAAAAUUUUUUUGUCUUUGUCUUUACAGUAUAGUUCUCAUACCUUCCAUUCUCAAAAAACCAUGAAUUAUGCAGAGUACAGAGUAAAUCUUGUCAAUCAUGUGCAUUAAGUCC